CACCGGUAUCGUCCAAUUUACCGCAGCUUUCCAUAUUGUGUACAUCGACUGGAGAGCGUAGAUGUUGCGUGACAACGUCCACCUGCUGAGUGAAAAUAACUUUUAGAAAAACAAAGUUAAUUACUCACCGGAACGUCUUCAACUCAAACAUGCACCUGGAAUUUUCCAUUUUACAAUUGGAAUAAGAAGUCAAUCAACAAGGCGAAACAAAGGAGUUAUUGAAACUGAAUUCUAUGCUCGUGGCAAGUAUUGAAGGUUGAAACUGUUUUUCAUUUUCUUAAUUGCAUACAAGGAAACUCCGUAGCGGCACAUGACAAUGAGGAAACUCAGGAUUUCAGAUGUAUGAAAACUUGUUUCUUUUACAAAACCAUAGUCCAGUGGGAUAAAACAGGAUCUCUGAUGGAGAAUCGUCGCUGUGGAAGAUGAAGUUCUUGUGGUUAAGCGUGUUCACUCUUUUUAUUAGCAGUAGUUUCGAGGAAGAUGGUAAACGGUUUAAACUAUACAAGAGACAAUGGGAUCUUGACGGGAAGACAGUACAGAAUGAGGUCACAGUGGGAUUUACGUCAGUGAUGUCAAAACGUCAUUGUGCAUCAUUGUGUACGACAAACAGUGUCUGCAUCUCCUUCUUCUUCAACACCGAGAGUCAUGCCUGUAAACUGGUCGACAAACAGAUCAACAGCUCGGAUACCCUGGUUGACGAGAUUCAUUCACUGUAUUAUGAAACGAAUAUAUGUUGCCGAUAUGUGCCUCCACCCACGCCAACGGGCAUCCCUCGUCUGGCGGUUGCGCAGGGCAGUGUCAUCACUAUGUUUAACUACAAUGGCACCAGUGUUCUAACGAUCAACACUCAGGUGCGAGCAAUGUUUUACCAUCCAUUCCAAGAGCGACUUUACCUCGGUACCAAUCCCCUCACGUCAGUAAAGCUGAAUGGCACGGACGAACGGACGCAUGGGAGCACAUAUACAGGAACGCUCAUGGCGCUCGAGAUCGACAUGUACGAUGACAACGUAUACAUGUCGGUGAGCAACUACCUCGUGGAGCGACUGGACCCCGACGGUGUCCUGAAAAACAUCGCUAACAACGUCGACGUCUAUAAACCACGCCAAAGCAGACUAGACACCGUGAAUAGCGUUCUGUACUGGGCUGAUGAGGCUCUGCAGACAGUAAAGUCGGUGACGUCGGAUGGAGCAUCCACUGUGACAACGUUGUUCACGUCCGGAAAGGUCGUUUGGGGCAUGGAUAUAGAUUUUAAUGAGAGGAAGAUCUACUGGUGCGCUAAGUCGACGGGUGAUGUAUGGGUAUUCGACAUGUCGACCGCCACCAACACCCAGCUGGUCCCCAACGGCGGCUCCGUAUCCGGCUCCUGCAGCGGACUACGUCUCUACAACGACUACAUCUACCUAAUCUACUACAGAUUGAAUUAUAUUGAGAAGAGGCAUAAGAAUGGAUCCCUAGCUGCGAAAAUUCUUGAAGGCCAAAUAUCAGCAUCGACAACAAAAUAUUUUGCUAUUGUGGAAUGAUGUUUAAAUGAUUAAACGGGAACUCAACGAGUUCUACAAUCAAUGUAAAUAACCUAGGGCCUCGUAGCAUGCAUCGUUAGUCUAGGCUAAUGUCAAUCCCAUUACACCAAAAGCUUUAACUCCGAUCUUUUACACGUUUACUCUCUGCGUGAAGAUCUCGCAAUAUAUCCCGCGGAGUGAGUGAGUGAGUUGAAUUUACGCCCCUUGGAACAGUAUUCCAGUUAUAUCACGGUGUGUCAGCCUAACUG